AUGCCCAGUGAUCUUAAAAGGAACGUCGACCUCCAUGAGAUACGGGCGGAAGAAAAGGUCGACCAACGUAUCAAGUUGCGUGAUUUGAGUACGCGUGAGGAUUUUUUCGCCUAUAUCCUUCGCCGCGGUAGCUUUAACAAGGACCAGCUGGCGGAACAAGCCAAGAUCUUGUUGCUGGACGGGUCCGAAACAACGGCAACCUUCUUAGCUGGAGUGACUUACUUCUUGCUGACAACGCCGGCAGCGCUGAAGAAGCUGCAGCAUGAGGUACGAUCUUCUUUCUCGUCAGAGGAUGAGAUGGAUGGAGAUUCCACAAAGAAGCUCCCAUAUCUUCACGCUGUUGUUGAGGAAGGCCUUCGCUUAUUUCCUCCAGUCCCGCUCGGCCUUCCACGGGUUUGUCCCGGUGCAACGAUAGAUGGGUACUAUGUCCCAUCUGGCACAGAAGUAUCAGUCGACAACUUUGUCAUGUCUGGCGAUGCACGGAACUUCCCCGAUCCGGAUGAAUUUCAUCCUGAGCGUUGGAUUGGAGAGAAUACUAGGAGUAACAAGGAGGCCAGUCGUCCGUUUUCCAUUGGGCCUCGGGCCUGCUUGGGCAUCAAUCUGGCAUAUCUUGAGGCUAGAAUGAUUCUUGCCACCAUGGCGUAUUCAUAUGACUGGGAACUGGUCGACAAGGAAGCGGACUGGUUCGAACAGGUGAAACUGUUGACGUUCUGGCGAAAGCCGAAACUGUUGGUUCGUUUUCAUCCCUGUGGCUUUCUUGGUGCAGGCGAGUCGAAGCAAGAAUAA